CCAUCGGGGCGUUCAUGACGUCAUGGCGCAGGGUUAAAGGUCGGCCCUGGUAGCCUAGGCGACGGUGGAGGCGCUCAUGAGCGAGAGGCCGUGAACGUAACGGAGAGUGUCUCCACACGGAGAGUGUCUCUGUCUGUCUCCACACGGAGAGCUCUCAGCGAGUGUGUCUGCACAGUGCCGCACUGUGUCACCCUCCACACGGCGCCUCCUCAAACCCGAGCAGCCAUGGAGAACGCAGACGCCAAGGAGAGUGUGGAGGGGAACCCCAAGUGGCUAGAUGCACACUACGACCCAGUGGCCAACCUGUACACCUUCACUUCAUGCAUGGCAUUGGCAGAUCUGCAUGGAGAUGGAGACAAUAAGUUGGUGGUGGCCGACUUGGGCACGGGCGCGUACAGCAUGAAGCUGCGCGUGUUCCGCGGCACGGCGCCACUCGUAGAGAACACCCUCAUCGACCUGCCCACCGGCGUCGCCACCUUCUUCAUGGACACCAACGAACCCCGCUCACCCGCCAUCGCCGUCGCCUCGGGUCCCUUCGUGUACGUCUACAAGAACCUGCGGCCCUACUUCAAGUUCACCCUGCCGCCACUUGAGGUCAACCAGCUGGAGAUGGACCUCUGGAUCCAGGCGAGAGAGGACAAAAUCGACUACAUGGCUCUCAAAGAAAUGCUGGAAAACAUACGGAGCAAAGGAGACGUCCCUCUUACUGUCAGAUCGCUAAAGUUCCUCAUGGUGGAGCCUCAGGAGAUGGCAGCCUUCGCUGCCGUUCACAAACACACGCCACUCAAGCGCCAGACAGUGAUCACGUGCCUGAGCACGCUGCGGAAGAGCCUGGCGGAUGAAGACGCUGUGAGCUGCCUUGUGGUGGGCACCGAGAGCUCCGACAUCUUUGUGCUGGACCCCGAGGCCUUUACUAUCCUGGCCAAAAUGAGCCUGCCCAGUGUACCCGUCUUCGUGGACAUAUCCGGCCUCUUCGACGUUGAGUUCCGAGUGGUGGUGGCUUGCCGCAACGGCAACGUCUACACCCUCAAGCGGGACUCGAAGAAGCCGCGGCACUGCAUUGAGCUGAGCUCGCAGCCCGUGGGGCUUGUGCGCGUCAACAAGAAUGUGGUGGUGGGCUGCAUGGACGAGAGCCUGCAGGGAUACACGCAGAAGGGAAAAAAGUUGUGGACUGUCAACUUGCCGGCCGCCAUAACCACCAUGCAGCUCAUGGACCACAAGGGCCGAGGCUUCAAAGCUGUUCUGGUGGCCAUGGUUAACUCCGAGGUGCAUAUAUACCGGGACAAGUACCUCGUGAACAUCAUCAAAACGCAGGAUGUAGUGACCAGUGUCUGCUUCGGCAGAUAUGGCCGUGAGGACAGCACAUUGGUCAUGACCACCAAAGGUGGUGGCCUGGCCAUCAAGAUUCUGAAGCGCACGGCAGUGUUUGAGGAGAAAGACGCCACUCUGGGGCCCCCUGUGGCGCAGAACAUCAAGCUCAACGUGCCCAAGAAGACCAAGCUCUACGUGGAUCAGACGCUACGCGAGCGCGAGUGUGCCGUUUCCAUGCACCGGGUGUUUCAAACGGAUCUAUAUCGCCUGCGUCUGGAGGCGGCACGUGCCUACAUGAAGGCCCUGGACUCCUGCCUCGCGCCCGUCUCCUCCAGCCUCGCCGAGCCCCUCAAAUUGAACGCCACGGUGCAGGGCAUUGGCCCCAACUUUAAACUGACGCUGAACUUGCAGAAUACAUCGCCAAGCCGUCCCUGUGUGGGACUCUUUGUCUGCUUCUUAUAUGAUGAGCGCCUGUACUCUAUGACUCAAGCCUUCUUCAAGCUUCCAAUGCUGGUUCCUGGACUAAAUUACCCAAUUGAGACCUUUGUGGAGUGUCGCAGUGACCAAGGCAUCUCUGAUAUCAUUAAGGUGUUUGCAGUCCGUGAAGGAAGCAGCAUACCAAUUCUGACUGCUCAUAUCAAUAUGCCAGUCAGUGAGGGCCUGCCUUUCUCCUAAGCAGAGGGGAUAUUUGAGUGGUUGUCACCACUCUUAUGCCAUCUGUGGUUGUUCCAGCCACUUUCAGUCACUAUCAAUGGGAGGUGACCAUAUAACUGAAUGAUCUAAGGUUCAUGACAAAGUUCCUAGGUCAGAACUUCUUAUAUGCUGGCUUCAAGUCCUGGAUUAUUACCGACACCACGCAGAGGUCACCAUGUGGUAAAUUCGACGGUCCGAGUCCUUUUGGCAGUGAUUGUCCGGAAAAAAAAAACCCCAAUAUGCUUUCAUACUCAAUUCUGCCAAACCCUAUGCUGAUGAUGUAUGCAACAGUGUUAGAACUGUUAUUAGAACUGUUGCAUGAAAUUCAAUUUUCUGAAUUUCUGAAGAGUGGGUAAAUGAGAUGUUCCAUGUCAGAUGCAAUUAUUUUUCUCUUUAUUAGAAUAAUUUUAGUGAUGUGAUGUUUUAUUAUGAUGCAUGAAAUUAUUGUUUUGCAUUUAAAAGACUUGUGUAAUGAGAUGAUCCUGACUGCACAAAUACAUCUUCUAAUAUUGACCAUUGCAUUAAAUGAACUACAAAAAUGGUACGAUAAUUUCCAAAUCCUGUUAUUUGUGGCGCCCCUACGGUUCGCGGAAACUCCGGUAAUCCACAAGGGCGAAUAUCCUUACAUUUAUGAGUUUUUGCAAAUUAUUGGAUAUUUUUUGGAGGGUGGCUCUACAUUUCUGUAAUCCGUAAAAAAAGUUAGCGAUUUUUAAGCGAUGGGGCUUUUGUAAUAAAAUCACGUUUCCCCAUGGAUUACAGGGUCUGCAAGACUCUACCCCCACAUCACCGUGUAUUUUUGGAUUUCUGUUGUAUAGAGUCAGCUCUCUUCCUUUCAACGCAAAAUACAGCACAGGAUUUAUACAUUAACAUUUCAAAUGUGUACAAUCUUUUCUUCAAUCAGUUGCAAAGUCAUGUUUAUCCAUCACAUCAUGCCGCGGGUCACGGUGAACCUCGGUUAAACAAGGUUACGUUAGAGAAAACGGCGCAAGCAACUUGUUUGUUUUACUUUUCUGUAUUUUUUUUCCUUCUCAUCAGUCCUGAGCUUGAACGGCAGCCUUCUUUUUAUGCAACAUUUACCAACAUACCACUCUAUGCAGAGGCGCACACUGGCACCAGUAGGAAACAAAAAGCCCUUGCGCGUAUCGCUCCCAAGCUCAUUCCUGAGCUGCACCCUUUUCCCACGGCCCUACCAGCCAACCAAAGUCGAGCAAUUCCCCUUGGUCAUUACCACGUGAUGAAUGGUCGGUUGUUGGGGUGCUAAGAGCACGUUAAACUCAGGAAUGAGAUCACUUUUAAAAUAACACGCCGCUUAGUUAAUGAUGCCGAUGGAAAUACAAAAAAUACUUAUUUUAAUUUCAAUGAAAUAAGAUGUGUAGAAUAGUAUAUUUUAGACAUGUUUGUCAUUUUGGAAAUUGAACAAUUUAGCAAAUAGGGCUAUUUUUAUGUGCAUAAACCCUGUAUAGCUGUGAAUGUUGUAAAUAAUAAAGAUAGUAUGUGCAGAAAAA